AUGAAAUUGAUAUCAGACACAAUCGCAGAACAAGUAUUUCGAAUAACACAAUCACAACUUAUUUUACCAUGGACUACUUAUGGUAUCGGUGAAUUAACAAAAGCGAUUUCUGAGAGAGUACAACAUCAUUUUAUUGUUGACGAAAAUCAAAACUCACACACAUAUAGUCAACGUGAAAUGAUUCAUCAUUCUCAACAACAACAAAAAUCAACAAAUAGAAAUAAAUCUGAAAUAUUCGAUGAUAAAGCUAAAAAAUAUAUUAAAGUAGUAAAAAGCGAUCAGCCGACAAAUCUCUCAGAUAUGAUCGGACUUGCUGCUGAGAAUAAUUUUGAUAUAAAAUUAGUUUAUGAUGUCAAUUAUGAAUCUACACAAGAAGAUAAAGAAAAAGGUACUUAUUUUCAACUUAUGUCAGGAGAUGGUACGGUGAUUGAUAUUCCAAGCGAAACUAACAAUUACGGCUAUGCUGUUAUUCAGAAGAUAUUAAAAGAUCGAGGUAUUGAUAAAUCCAUCGAAGAUCUUCAUCAUGAACGUGCACAAAACAUAAUAGAUACUCCUGAAUAA